AUGGCAAAUUUUAUCAAGAAAAUAGUUGAUCGAGCCAGAUCUCGAUCAAAAUCACCGGUAAAAUAUCAAAGAAAUGAUUGUGAGCUAUGGAAACAGAUGAAACAACAACAAAAGCAGCAACAACAGCAACAACAACAGCAAUCUUCUCAUUAUGGAUCACCUAUCAGAACGAUUGAUCAUUUUAUUCAUCCGAAGUAUGAACCACAAUUACAUAUUCAUAAAGAUUAUGGAUGGGAUGCACAUCAAAUUGAUGAUAUAAAUCCUCAUUCUACCACAUCUCAUCAAUCUGAUAUCAUCCAUUCUAACAAAGAGCUAUUCGUUCCAAAACGAUCAAAAAGUCCCACUCAUGUUCAUAAUGAUACAAUGGAUGAUAGUAAGCAUAACAAUGAACCGUCCAAUUCAUUAUCCAAUCCAACAAAUCAUUGGGCGCAUCAUUCCGAUGCAUCAAUAAUAAAUGUUAAACAAAAAGGUUUCAAUUCAAAAAAAAAACAUAUCAGUCGGCCUCGGUCAAGCAGUCCAACGAAAGCGUCGCAAACAUCCUUCGAUGAAAUCACCAAAAAAAGUCGCUCAAAAUCACCAACUAAAAAAUUUUCACAAAUCUCAGAAACAUUAGAUUAUUUAUCAGCACAAUGUCAAUUGGGUGGUUGUUCAGCAACAAUUAUUGUUCAGGAUACGAAAUUUUUGGUUUGUAAACACCAACUUUCUCAUAUCAGCGAUUAUUUUCGAGCUUUAUUUUUGGACAACAAAACAACAACCAUAUCAGGAGUUUAUCACAAUUCAUGUAACGAAUUUGCUGUUGUUGUUUCAUCACUUAAAUAUCCUCCACCAGCUGUACAAUUCAAAUGGUUCUUGGAAAGUGUAAUUCAAACACCUGUUUUUAGCGAUAUUACAGAUGAUACACUGGAAACAUGUAUGAGGUUGUCAAAACGAUUUCGUGCUAAAUGCUUGGAAAUGAAAUGUGCUCAAUAUAUUCAAGAUAAUGUAACAAAAAGAACUCCAAUGGUAGCACUUUGUUGGUUAAAUUGGGUGCUAAAACAUAAAUUUGAUCAGACCACAUACGAUGCUUGUCUUCCUUGUGUUGCUGCUGCUUCAGUACGUUGUUUGGAAGAACAUCGAAAUUUAAUUUCUGAACGAUUGUUAGCCGACUUAUUAGCAGCUAAACUGAGAACACUAUACGAUCAGGCAGUCAAUGUCUUCCAAACAAUUCAUAGCAUGGAUCAUUUUUAUGUGGACGUUGCUAAAUGUCCAAAUUGUGGACGUGAACGUGAGCAAGGAAAAAUUCGCGUACAAGCUAGUCCAUGCAGUUUGAGCGGUAAAGAUCAUAAAGAUCUUCAAGCAUGCUAUCAAUGUGAACAUGGUUUGAUAACAUUAAAUGAUCAAACAGCUGAUUGUCACUGUCAGAUUCCAUUAUUAGCCUUGCAUUUGAGAGAUUCACAUUCUCAUUUUUUAUCACUCGCAAGUCAUCACUGA